AAUUUUAAAGCACUCGUCUCCAGUAUUCUCUCACGUUACUCGAGGCUCCGUUUAGUUGCCGGGAAAAUCGGCUUCGUCGUCGGCGAGUGGGGACUUCAUCUUAUUGACUAGGGUUUGUCAUCGUUGAGCUAUGGAAGCAAUCGGAAAGGCCGAAGAAACCAUUGUCCCCGAUUUCAUCUGGCUCAAGAGAUUGCGCAACUCGUUUGUUUUCGCCAUCCAUUCGGACUUGGGAUUCUUCGAAAUUAGCUGGAAAUGCCAAUUGGGGACCAGCCACUGUAGUUGGCAUAUUUGCGGGGAUGCUAUACGGAGGGAGCAAAGAGGCUUCUGCUUCUGUGAGCAAGGAUGCAGAAGUAAUGUUAAAGAUGGGUAGUACAUCAGAUAAACGUGAACAGCACCGUUUGAUGCGAGAUGCAAUGGAGAAAAGAUUUCUCAGAGUAACUCGGGGCUCAAUAAUUGGAGGGGUACGGCUCGGGAUGUUCACUGCUGCAUUCUAUGGUCUUCAGAAUCUUCUUGCCGAGCAGAGGGGGACACAUGACGUUUUCAAUGUUGUAGGAGCUGGUUCAGCAACGGCUGCAGCAUUUGGCCUAAUAAUGCCGGGGUCCCUUGCAUGGCGUGCUCGGAAUGUGAUGCUGGGUUCAGUUCUCGGAGCAGCAGUUUGUUUCCCCCUUGGUUGGUUACACCUGAAGCUCUUGGAGAAGGCAAAUGAAGGCAAUCACAUCCCGAGCCACGACAGCCAGGUUAAGGGUGGCGUUGGUGGUGCCAUCGAGAGACUAGAAGAACGGUUGAAACCAUAAAAAGGCAGAGUUUUGUGUUCACAUCAGAUUCGGCUCGGUUGUUAGGGUUAUAAAAUCAUCAGAAACAGUAGCUGUUGAGGAUACAAGAUUAUUGAGAGGUUAGGGUUGGAUUUCCAAGUAUUUAUCUUUGGUACAUAGUCCUCUUUUGAUUGUCUUUUGUCUGAUAUCAGGAAUCCAAUUUGUUGAAAAAUAAGGUAUCUAGUAAUUUUAAAAUUCACAUAAGGAA